AAGUUUGAUUAAGGUCACGCAUCCGUUUUUGAAUUUUCCCCUCCUCUCCACACCUUCCCUUCCCUUCUCUCUCUCUCUCUCUCCAAUUGGAAUACACAACAUGGACUUCAAUUGACUCCUUCCACUCCUCUGCGCUCUUCUAUAUAUCCCCAUCUCUCUCACACUGACCCCAUAAAAUGGCGGUUUCAGGUAGAAUCUCAGAGCUUCACCUCACCAAAUCAUGGCGCCAUCAAAUCAGCCCCGACCGGACCAAGGUCAGGUCCGAACCCCUCAAAUCCGAUCGCCGAUCAGUCCCCGUCGUUUAUUACCUCUCCAGAAACGGCCAGCUCGAGCACCCCCAUUUCAUCGAGGUCCCCCUCUCCUCCUCCGCCCACGGCCUCUUUCUCCGCGAUGUGAUCGGGCGAUUGAAUGUUCUUCGCGGGAAGGGUAUGGCCGCGAUGUACUCGUGGUCGUGCAAACGGAGCUACAAAAACGGAUUCGUGUGGCACGAUUUAUCGGAGAACGAUUUCAUCUACCCUGCUCGCGGCGAAGAAUACGUCCUCAAAGGCUCCGAGCUUCUAGAAAAUUCAUUCCUUGAGAGUCCUCUUCCUCCGCCGCCGGAGAAUCAACCGGAUGCCGGAAACAGGCGGCGCCGGAACCAGUCGUGCAGCUCGAUCGAGUACGAGUACAGCGUGUACAAGGCGGAGCCCUCGUUCCGGUCCGCCGCCGACGCGUCCACUCAGACAGACGACGUGCGGCGGAGGCGGCGCCGGCCUCCGCCUGAGGAGAAGAGGAAAGAGGCGCGCGACGAGAUCUCGAUCUCGCCGCCGGCGUCGGAUUCGAGCCCCGAGACGCUGGAGACGCUGCUGAAGGCGGACGGGCGGUCGAUAGUGGUGCAAGCGGAAACAACGCCGAAUUCGAAAGGGCAGCAGAUUCAGAGGGCGGCGACGACUAAAUCGUCGGUUCUGAUGCAAUUGAUCACCUGCGGGUCGUUGUCGUUCAAGGACUGUGGGGCCGGGCAGGUGAUAUCGCAGUACAGAAUGAGAGUAGCGCGCGGCGGCGAUGGAGGAAGGCCGAAACUGGAGGAGAAGGACUAUUUUAGCGGGAGCAUUGUGGAGACCAAGAAGGAGGAGGAGGAGCCGCUGCCAACUCUCAAACGGUGCAAUUCGUACAAUGCGGGUCGGGUCGGGGAGUGUUAGUUUUUCUACACUGGAUUAGUUUUUUUUAUUUUUAAAAUUUUUGUUUGAACCGCAGGUUUGUGGAGUGUACUGGGAUAUAAAUGUAUGAUUGGGGCAUAGAAAUAACAGCUGUGGUUAUGCAGUUUCUGACUUGUAUCA